AGAAGAAUAGCCGGCAUGCAUUGCGCGGCUGUCUGUCGCAUGUCUCAGUGCGCAGGCGCAGGCCUGGCUCCUCACGUCUAAAGAGCCUAGCAUCUAAGCAGGCAGCUGCGCCACUGUAAAGGGUCAAUACCUGUUUAUUCACUUGCCGACACAGUUAUCUACGCAGUCGUGACAGCAUGGCGGCCGCUCUAUCGCCAAUGUGGGACGAGCACCAGGCGUAUGAGGAGCUGCUGUACUGGGACACGCUGAUUCAACAGGGCCACCGGCUCCACCCGGAGGAUUUUGACAGGUACGAGGAGCUGCGUUACUGGUACGACUGCCUGUGCUAUGAGGAGGAGCUGAGACAGUACCAUGACUACAUUGCUGCUAUAGAAGAGAUGGAGGAUAGUCACCAUCAUCAGGUUCUCCCGUCUGCUGAGUCGGAAGCGUCAUCCCCCCAUGUGCCCAGGGGGCCUUAUGACCGCCUUGUGAUGGCCAAACACUUUGAAGUGUACCCCUCACCAGAGGAGCUGGAGGCGGUGCAGACGAUCGUCUCCCAUGUGGAGUGUGCCCUUAAGACCGUUUCUGACAACAUGGACGCUCCAAAAGAUGAAACUAAAGAGGCAGUGAGUGCAAGUGAUGAUUCAAAAGACCGUGUCCUGCGUGGCGUUAUGAGGGUUGGUCUAGUUGCCAAAGGUCUCCUGCUGAAGGGUGACAAGGACCUGGAGCUGGUGCUUCUUUGUUCCAAGAAGCCAACAGUGACUCUGCUUAAACAAGUGGCUGAAAAGCUAACUGCCCAGUUGGAGGAAAUUUCAGCAGGGACAUACACCGUCAGUCAGUGUCCAAUAGAUGCAGCCAUCGUUGUGACAAACACCAAGGAGUCGGUCCUCACCCUCAUUAUCCACCUGACGUCUCCUCUCGUCCGCACUGAAGAAGAGAGUAAAUCCACAGAAGAAGAAGAAGAAGAAGAAGAAGAAGAAGAAACGCGAACAGUCAACGAUCCGCCGGACUUUCUGGACAGGCAGAAAUGCCUAACUGCCUUGGCGUCUCUCCGCCACGCCAAGUGGUUCCAGGCAAAAGUAAACAACCUGAGUUCUGCCGUCAUCGUGAUCAGGAUCAUGAGGGACUUGUGUAAUCGUGUUCCUACCUGGACGCCGCUCUCUGGAUGGCCUCUUGAACUGCUGGUAGAAAAGGCUAUCGGUACAUCUGAGAGGCCGAUGGGAGUCGGCGAGUCUCUUCGUAGGGUUUUAGAGUCCGUUGCCUCUGGAAUACUCUUGGAAGAUGGACCUGGAAUUAAAGAUCCGUGUGAGAAGGAGGAGGUCGAUGCCACCGCAAAUCUGAGUCCACAGAAUCGUGAAGACAUCACACAGAGUGCUCAGUUCGCCUUGAGGCUGUGUGCAUUUGGACAGAUGCACAAGGUGUUGGGGAUGGACAGCAAACCUGUAAAGCCACAGAAAGCUGCCGGAGCCAGAUUUGGUACAGCCCAGAUAAUGCCCGCUGGACAUGUAAACAUGCCGGCUAAGAGGCCUUACACAGAGGUGGAGAAGGAUGACGAUGAGUCUCAUCUCAACAGCAAACAGAGGAAGUUUCUCAAGUUCCAGAAGCGCUUUCAGAGGAAAUCAUUCACAGAGGAUCUCGGCAUGAAUGCUGUGAUGCGUCUGAACCAGUACAGACCUGGUCUGGAUUACCGACUGACAUCUCAGACAGGUCCAGUCCAUGAGCCGGUCUUUACAAUGGCUGUGGACCUAAAUGGAAAAACCUACGAGGCGACGGGGCCUUCCAAACGAGCCGCCAAGCUUAAUGUAGCCACUAAGGUCCUCCAAGAUCUUGGUCUUCCUACAGGCUCAGAAACUAAAUCAGAGUCCAGUGGCGAUGCUGAAGGAAGCCAGGAUUCAGUGAAAGCUGCUGCCACGUCGUCCACUACGUCAGAAGAUAGUGGCCAGGGUCCAAUCCUGACUAAAAAUGGCAAAAACCCUGUGAUGGAACUGAACGAGAAGCGGCGCAGCCUGAAGUAUGAGCUCUCUGCAGAGACGGGAGGCUCCCAUGAAAAGUGCUUCGUCAUGGAGGUGGAAGUUGACGGGCAGAAGUUCAAAGGACGGGGCUCUAACAAGAAGGAAGCGAAGGCCUACGCUGCCCUCGCUGCUCUGGAGAAGCUGUUCCCAGAUGACAAUGGAGUGUCCAACAGAUUUGCUUCAAAGAAGAAGGUCACCUACACUGACAUGCACAUCCCGGGAUUCGGCACGAUCCGCGGUAUUCCUUCAGACUCUGGGUCCCGGGGCUGGGGUCCCAACAGAGGGGGCCGAGGCAGGGGCCGAGGGAAGCCCUUUCCUUCAGGACCCAGCUAUAACAAGACCAACUACAGUUAUGAGAGCAGCUCUGGUACAGGCUAUCAUAAGCUGUACGGUAAUAACACGGUAGGAGCCUCCAGCAAAAGCACUGUACCCAGCGGACCAGGCAGCGGCAUCGGCUACGGCACAUUUUACCCCGAGAGCAGCGCCACCUACUCCUCACCGCCCAUCUCCAACUCCAACUCCAGCACCACAAAGUCAGAAAGCUACCAGUCCAUGCCUCCUCCUGCCGACCAGGAGAGUCCGUACAGCUACGGGUAUGGAGACGAGAAGAAGAAGAUGCUGAUCCAAGGACAGAAUGAGCCUCAGGGAGGAGGUUACUCCAUGUACAGUACAGCUUACCCCAGCUCUGUGACGGGGGGACAAGGGUAUAAUAGCUAUGGCUGGGGAAACCAGUCGUCGUGGGGCGGCCAACAGGGAUACAGCAUGUACCAGGGCUUCGGAGAGCAAAACCAGAGCUCAUACUCUGGAUACAGCGACGUGAAUUACUGAUCAUCACAUCACGUGUAACCUUUCUCACUACACACUCACCUUUUCACCCUCGUUGAUGACCACUUCCGGAAAGGAAAAAAAAGUUCUCAUGCCUAUUGUGAAACUGGAAAAUUUGCAGUAUUUAUGUUGGUUCAUUGACAUCUGGUAAAACAAUUGUUUCUUUUACCCUUCAUUAAGUCCGUGUUGACACGAAUGUUGCAUUGUUUUUGUUUUUUAAGUGUACUGGUUCUCUACUGUUACAUGACUUUGGUUUAAAGCUGCUCGUUGUAUUGAAUGAAAGAUUUAUUCAUUUCUGUGUCUUUAAAAUGCUCUAAUCUUGUAGAAAUAAAUAACUCUUAUUUUGGA